AGUCAGUCUGGCAUCCCCGGUCAGUGCUGCUUAGGGGUUUGGAGAUAUUCUGGUCAGUCCCCUCAGCAGACCCGGCGUAGUACGCAAACUGAUCGCACAUUUCCGCAGCAAUUCAUGGUGACAGACACAUUUCUUACUUUUCCGUAAGGUAUGACAAACUGGAAUAUUACAUGUCAUUCGGAUAUCCCUGAGAAUUCAAUGGAAAACAUAAUGCGAUUUGCUUAAAGAAAGGACUGCCCUGUGAUUAGGUAAAAGCAUGCCUCAAGCACUGCCGCGACAUGAGGACUGAAUGCAAGAGAUUUAUAGAAGAGACGGAUAUGUCCGGAUGCGGCAGGACGCAACUAAAGGGACACAGAUACACGGAGGCGCUGCUGCUUUUGUGAUCUGAUCACACUGAUGGGUCAUUUAACUGCCUCUCAGAACUCAGCCUGUUUCUCGGGGUCUUUACCGUGAAAGAUGGUGCGAUGGUGAACUAGCAUGGAAAGGAAAAACCCUAUUUACUAUUUUUUAAAAAGACAAGUGCAUAUCCGAAGAGAGGACUGGCAAAGAGUGCAUAGUCACGCUUUAGUUUGGGAGGAUCGGAGCUGGACACUGGACAAAAGACAAACAACAGCAUUAAACUCGUCUACCUCAUCCUCCUCUUCCCAGACAUCUGGCUCCUCUACCUCCUCUGUCAGAAGGCUGCAUGUUCUGCCCUGCUUUCACUCCUACUGCAGCCAGUGCCUGGAAGGACAGUGCGACAGCAGCGAUCCUCUUAAGCUCUCCUGCCCAGCGUGUGACCAGAAGGCCCCAGUCUCCGAUUCGGAUGUGGAUGCCCUACCAUCACCGAGUUUCCUCUUCAGAAACCUGCUGGAGGCGAUAGUCUCCUCUGAGGAGCCGAGGAGCAUGAGCCGCAGGAACGAUGGCCAACCUCAGGGUGGCGAGCUUAGGGCUCAUGGCCUAGAUGAGCCCCAGUGCCUUUCCUGCGACGAGGGCAACCCUGCAGCCUCGCGCUGCCUGGACUGCCAGGAGUACCUCUGCAGCAACUGUGUCCGGGCCCAUCAGCGGGUCCGCUUGACCAAAGACCACUUCAUGGAGAGGCUGGUGGAGAGCUUAUGCCUGGCCCACCAGAAUAAUAAUUCCAGCACCCCAGUCAAUGUGUCGCACUCCUUUCACCCAAAAUACCCACCACCACCUGCUUUCCAGGACAGGAUGAGCUUCUGCCAGGACCAUGACAAUGAGGUGCUGUGCCUUUUCUGUACCACAUGCUCCCUGCCCAUCUGCCAAGCGUGCGGUGCAGGUCGCCAUGGAGACCACCACCUCAUCUACCUCCACGACGCCAUGAGGGACUGGCGAGCCGUGACAGUGCAGCUCCUGGCAGACGCCCAGCAGGGCAGGCGGGCUGUACAGCUGAGCAUCGAGAAGGCCCAGGCCAUCGCGGAGCAGCUGGACAUAAAGGCCAAAGUGGUCCAGGCCGAAGUGAAAACCAUCACCCUGCAGCACAAGAAGGCGUUGGAGGAGAGAGAGUGUGAGCUGCUGUGGAAGGUGGAGAAGAUCCGGCAAGUCAAGGUGAACACACUGUACCUGCAGGUGGAGAAGCUGCAUCAGAAGCUGAGCAGGCUGGACAGUAGCAUCUCAGCAGUGCAGCAGGCUGUGGAGCAGGACCGCGGCCUGGAAGCCCUGCUGGCCCGCCAGUGCAUGCUGGCACAGAUCGAGGAGCUGAAUGCCCUGUGCGGCAGUGGCCUGCAGCCCCAGGAGGAUCAGAGCAUCAUGUUCACGCCGCCUGACCAGAAGCUGCUCGUCUCCAUCCGGUCCAUGGGCUUUGUCAGCAGGGGGGCCUUUGGCCCCGUCUCCAAAGCCAUAGGAGACGGUCUGAAGAGGGCCCUCAAGGGCAAGGUGACAUCUGUCAAUGUGGUGGCCUACGACCACGACAGCGAGCCUAGAAGGUCAGGCGGGGACGACAUCGCCGCCCUGCUGGUGGGCCCAGACGGGAAGAUCUUCACUGCAGAGGUGACCGACCACGAGAAUGGCACCUACACGGUGAGCUACGUACCCAGGCUGGAAGGGGACCACCUCCUCUCCGUGCUCGUCUACCACCAGCACAUCUCCAGCAGUCCCUUUCAAGUCAAGGUCAGAUCUGGCCGCAGCUACAGGAGCAUGGGGAUUCCUGUCGGCUCCUUUGGGGGGGAGGGCGAUGGCGACGGCCAGCUGUGCCGACCUUGGGGCAUCUGCGUGGAUAAGGAGGGCUACGUUGUGGUGGCUGAUCGCAGCAACAACCGCAUCCAGAUCUUCAAGCCCAGCGGUGCUUUCCAUCACAAGUUUGGCACGUUGGGCUCAUGGCCGGGUCAGUUCGACAGGCCAGCUGGGGUGGCCUGCGACAGCCAGAGGAGGGUAAUCGUGGCAGAUAAAGAUAACCACCGUAUUCAGAUAUUCACCUUCGACGGGCAGUUCCUCCUGAAGUUCGGAGAGAGGGGAGUCAAGAACGGCCAGUUCAGCUACCCGUGGGACGUCGCUGUUAAUUCGGAAGGCAAGAUCUUAGUCUCUGAUACCCGCAACCACCGCAUCCAGCUCUUUGGGCCCGAUGGGGCGUUCUUGAACAAGUACGGCUUUGAGGCUGUCCUCUGGAAGCACUUUGAUUCACCCAGAGGUGUUGCCUUCAACCACGAGGGUCACCUAGUGGUCACAGACUUUAACAACCAUCGGCUGCUGGUCAUCCAGCCGGAUUGCCAGUCGGCACGUUUUCUGGGCUCAGAGGGGUUGGGUGAUGGGCAGUUCUUUCGGCCACAGGGGGUCGCCGUGGACCAGGAUAACCGAAUUAUCGUGGCCGAUUCACGAAACCAUCGCAUCCAGGUGUUUGAGGCUAAUGGUAGCUUCUUAUGCAAGUUUGGGAGUCAUGGAGAUGGCUUCGGGCAAAUGGACCGGCCAUCUGGAAUAGCCGUUACGCCCGAUGGAAUUAUUGUUGUGGUUGACUUUGGGAAUAACCGAAUCCUCAUGUUUUAAACCACAUUUUCAGUCAAAAUAUGAAAAAAAACAGGGGAACGGAAAGGCUAGGUUCAGAGAAAAUUGAGUUUUAAAGUCCUCAUUAAGGACAGCAAACGGAAAAACAAGUAGAAUAAACAUAGCAAAACCAAAAAUGCUCCACCUGUGGAGCCUUCACCCACGCCUCAUCCUGAUCUCCUCUGAAGCUCCUCCCAGAUCUCAACCUGUAAGACCCCAAUACCACAGGUGAUUGGUCAGCUGGAAUGACAUGUGAUCAUCUGCAUCUCCUGACAGUCACCCCAGCUGAAACAAAUCUCAAUAUUCUUGAGCCAGAAAUCAACCGAAUCUUUAAAAGAUUAGUAGUAAUGAAAGUAAUUUUUUAUGGUAUACAUCAAUGGAAGGAUGUUUUGAUUAGGGGAGUUUCCUACGAUUUGAGAAAUUAUUAUAUAUUCAUAAAUGUUUGUUAGGGGUAAAUGAAGAUUCAGAAUUUAACUCCGUAUUUCUGAAAAAGAACGUCUUGGGGUACUUUCCACAUGCAGGACUGAUUUGCCAUCAAAGUGUUUCCUAAACAUAAUUUUGCAAAAUUUCUCAGGGAGAACCUUCAGGACUUUUGAUUUCUGUACGAUGCCUACCUCACCCCGCCCACUUAUGAAUGUAUUUCCGUUGUCAUGAAGGCGUGUCAAGAUGGCUUAUAGGGAAGGACAAGAAUUCUACCUCAGUGUUUUCCCAUAUCAAAAUAAAAGUUUGGUUGAUAUUUGCACAGCUCACAAUGGUAGACUGAACUGUUACUGUAAAUUGUAGUUUAAAGCAGCUAAAUCCUUGCUGAAAGGAUUCAAGGAUUCAAAAAGUUUACUUCAUAUAUAGUAUUCAUAUACUACAACAAUAGGUUAUAUAAGGAAAGAACACAGAUAUUGAAUGGUCUUUGUCCUUAAACUGGCUUUAUGGCUCUGCAAACCAGGACGAAAAUGGGAAACUUGUACUGAAUGUACAAAAUGAAGGCUGUUUGUCUUAAAAUGUUAUUUAAUAAUUGAUUUUUUAUCUUCUACUUGGAGUGGAUUGUUAUACUUUGCCAUUUAAAUAUAAUGAUGUCUGUAUCACUGUGGUUGGCUUACUAAUGUGUGGUUAAACUGCGGCUCAGUGAAUUUGGGAAAUGUCAUGUAGAAGCACUCAGGUCAAUGGUCAAGCAUUUUAAAACUUUAAAACCAAUCUGCUAUAACUGCAAAGGUUAUAUUUAUUGAUAUUUAAUAUAAUACAGAGCUAAAUUCUGAGAGAAAAAAAGGUCUUGCUCAAAAACCAAAGUUGAAAAGUAUAUGUUGGGAGCAGUCAUUUAGAAGGCUAAUCUCCUAUCCCCCAGCCCCCCCCCCCUAAUUUUUAUGGUAGGAAAAGCUUUGUUCUAGGGCCAGGUUUCAAAUGGGAAGGUCAAUGGGCCUGUAAUGGCCAUAAACUGUGCUUUCAUUCCGUUUUGAAGUACCUCGAUUUCACAGGAAGAAAACUGUCUUUUGUUUGCUUUGCUUUUUUAGGAUUUAUAACUUAAAUACAUAUUUAUUAUUAAUUAGCAUUAAUAUCAGUUUCGUAUUUUGUAAAGAGAUGUGUAUGACACCUUUAAGGGACCCCACAAUGAGCGCGCACACUUACGCGUGCACACACACACACACAAACACACACACACACCCCCUCUGUGCUCAGGGCCAGUUAAUCCAGUUAAUACUUUAUUGUAUACUUCAUGCACCAAAGGUUUGAGAGCAACAAACUCAGCCAUUUACAAAUGUCUGGAUUUUCUCGGGGGGAGGGCUUAUCUACCCUCUAUUGGAACAAGACUGUGAGCUUUAAUGUCAUGUAAUUUAUCAGUUGCUGGGUUGUGCAGUCACUCCCCAGGGCUGGGGGCCUGAUUCCCAUCCCCAUUCUGCAUGUUGAGUUUGUAGGUUCUCCCUGUCAGACAAGUUUCGUAACAUUUAAAAACAUUCUGUCAGAUGGACUGGCAUCUCUGUACUGUAUGUGAGGGUCUAUGGCAUUUGCCCCCUGACUGAUAUAUAUAUAAUCCCAGCAGUUAAAAAAUGAAUGAAGGGAUCAUUUUGUCCAGUGUCAUGGGCAAGUUUGUCUUUGUUUAACAAUGUAUGGUUUCUUAGAUUGGAUUAUUUUGAGAAUUAAUCUUAAUACCAAUCAUCCAUGGCAUAUUUUAUGUGAUAUGGGCCAGUAACUAGGCUAUAUAGUAUUCCGGCCACAGGAAUACUGUCAGCUACAGUGACAUCACAGGAAUACUGUCAGCUACAGUGACAUCACAGGAACAUCUUUCCCAAAAACACCCAAUGCGCAGAUGCCAACUCCAGUGGAAUUGGUUCCUGCUCUACACUCAAUGAUGUGGCAAGAGUAAUUCUGUCGGAGAAUCUACUGUUGCCUAUUUCAAAACCGACAAUUUAUAUAAAAGCAUGAUAUAGGAAGUCAUGGCAGCCAGUUUGCAAAACUAGAACUCUCUUGUGUCUUAAUCUGUAGUGUAGUUUGCGCCUUUUGGUAACCAUAGCAACAGCAAGCAUAGUUGUAUGCAAUAAACCAAAAUGUAAUGUGAGAAGAUAGACUCAGGUGCCAAAGAGAAGCAAAAAAACGUCUGAAUGAUGGGACUCAGAUGUGGCGGAGUAUCAUGGUCUGUUUUUUUUUUUUUGUUCAGGUCUUCAUCUUAAUCCUCACAUAGCCAGUCAUAUGCGUCUUUCUGAACUGAAAGACUCUCAUCUUCAUUACCUAAUUUUUGUACAAUAAAUCAUUUUAUCUUCACGGAAUAACUGUGGAAAUGGGAGGCCAGCAUUUGGGCAGUUGACAGCAACUGCGCUCAGGUUUAGUGACUGGAAAGAGCUUUCAUUUAACAUUAACAGUAAUUUAAUAAUUUUAUGUUUACAUAUUUAGCAGGAGAUUGUGAGUUUUAUAUUUUUAAAUAUAUACUUCUGAAAACAGUGUUAUUACACCCCAACAGUAAAUAUAACACAUGUACAUUUGUCUAAAUUAAUUUAAAUAUUAAAGUCUGAAGACCUAAUCUCUGUCAGCUACAUUUGACAAUACUUUGAUAUUUAAUGGCCAUUUAAAAGGCCAGUACCUUCCCAAGCAAUUAAAACAAAUUAUUACUGCACCUUUUUGCAAAUAUAUGGUGUUCGGCCUCAGUGAGGAAUCAGAGAAAGUGUGUGUCAUCUUCCCUGACCUCGGGUGCGCAAAGUUCCUCACUGUUUUUUGUGUAUAUCACAAUCAGUCAAACACGACUCCUGACCGAUGAAUAAAUGCCUUAAUUUCUUGUCUUUCAAAUAUUCAAGAUUAUGUUUGAUAUUACUUUUGUAUAAAAUUUAAGUCAAAGGAAAAAAAUUAAACAAGGAUUACAGAAUUGUGGUAUAUCUGUCUGAAGAAGGAAAAGAAACACGUUAACAAACUCUACACCGUGAAAUUUGGGACGUUAACUGAAAAUUAAAAUGUUUGCAUUGUGAUGAAGUUAUUUUUGUGCGUAUAUUGCAGUUAAAUGACUGAUCAUUUUUUUUGUAUACAUUUUCUGUUUCAGCCAUUCAUUCAAAUUAAGUAAAGUGAA